UCAAAGAGCAAGUGAACGCAAAGUAAAAAUGCUAGGCAAAAUUAACCGUUGAAGAUGCGGUGGGCGGUCGCGUUGGUCUUAACACUGGUCGCCAACGCAGUCCUCGCUCAAGGCUUACUAGCACAGCGCUCCGUCAACUAUUGCGCUGCCAAGAUGUGUGGGCAUACCAAUGCACAUACCUUCUGUCAGUUUCAGCCCGGCCCAAGCGAAAGAUGCAGAGGGUACAUGGACGCACACCUCACCAACGAGGAGAAAGUGCGGGUAGUCGCGCGACUAAACCGGCGGCGCAGCGAGGCCGCGAGCGGGCGACUGCGGCGCCUGCCUCCUGCUGGGAACAUGCUCAAGUUGCGUUGGGUGGAAGAACUGGCUCGUGAAGCCCAGCGGUGGGCUGACCAGUGCCGGCCGCCGCGGACGCCUGACGAGCGAGACGCUUGUAGAGACCUCUAUUCGACUACAGUGGGGCAGUGCGUGGCGUCAGUGGUCGGGGAAGCCCCGGGCCUUCGCGUGGAGUCCAUGGUCGACAUGUGGUACAUGCAGAGCAUCUUAUACAAGGGGAACGUCACUUCUUACAUGAUCCCUAUGAGCAACGUCACGUUCUACGGCGAUUUCGCUCAAAUGAUUUGGGCAAGAAGCUACAUGGUCGGUUGUGGUCGGAGUAGAUUUAUGUCGGAAUUGAACGGACGGUUGAGGAGCGUAGAGCGGUUGGUCUGCAACUUCGCGCCCCGGGGCCCCGUGCAGUCCAGGGCGCUGUGGAUCCCAGCAGCCCCCGCCACUGCCUGUCCCGCGCGAUCCAUGCCUGACCCAGAAUUGACUACACUCUGCAACUUUCCUGAAACUGUACGAGAGAUACAGGAAGCUUUGGAUCGCAUGGAGCGUAACCUCGAAGAGAUCAGAUCGACACCAGGGAAGGUGCGUCGCGAGUUACGAGAUGUGCCACCACCACCAGACAUAUUAGACAACACGCAGCCUCCAGAUCCUGUUAGACAUUAUAGACCAGCUGUACAGAAUGCUGGCUCGGACCAGAACAAGACCGACAGGGGCCCUAUGCUUAACAUGGUGCUUAAGUACAUGCCCUACCUGAAGCCCUACGAAAACGAAAUACUGGGCAGUAGUACUUCUUCAGGAGUUUCUUUGGCUGUUUCGUACGUUUGGUUUAGCUUCGAGUUCUUGUUAAUGUGCGUUUAGUUUGGUAUUACAUAGUUGUAUUUUGUUAUGUUUAGUGUUUUGUAAUGUAUUUAUUUUAAAGUUGUAUAAAUAUUGGCAAAAUGA